GGGAGUGAGGAGGUAUUUCAAAGAGACAUGGAGCGAUGAAAUCAUAACUCUUGGCUCUGCAACACUUCAGCUGUGUGUCGGCUCUCUUCCUACCGUGGACUCUUCAUCGUCACAGAAGUUACUCUGAGGGCCAAACGAGGACGUAAGGCCGAGGAGAGAGGAGGGAGAAUCUGCAGAGGUGAGGAGAAAGCAGUUGUGUUGGAGAGCAGAGGCGAGGAGAGAGCGACCAAAGACGGGGGAGAGAGUGAGGAGCGAGGAGCCCCGUUAUUCCAGCAAAGAGCGAAGGGGGAGAGGGAGAAGAAGACGCAGAGAAGAAGAGAGGAGUGAUACAGAGUCGGGGAAGGAGGGAGAAGAGUCAGCUGGACAUGGGGCUUUGUGCUGUUCUCCUCAUCUGUCUCUCCCAGGCUGAGCUGGGGAGAGCGUGGGCUCAGGAGCACGAAGAUGCAGUGAGUUGGACUCCCCUGCGGACAGAUGAGGAUCCGCCCGGCUUUCACACAACCAGGAAGGACCAGUCGACCGCCCACAAACACAGAGGAGUCCGCGACACACAGGUUGGAAGUCAAGGAGAAGGAACUGCUAUCAGCCCCCUGCCUGUCGACGUGACACGUAUAUUGGACUCCCACAGGUACUACAGAUGGCAGAGUUUUGGUCCAAAAGACAGAAACACUGAGGGCUUGUGGGUAGAUAUGAACGCCUUGCACACAAGCCAAGUCCGAAUCCACGGCAUACUGUCCAACGCGCAUCGACAGGCAGCGAGGGUGGCGCUUUCUUUUGAUUUCCCCUUUUACGGACACAACUUGAGACAAAUUUUCGUAGCGACAGGCGGGUUCAUCUUCAUGGGGGAGGUAACCCAUCGAAUGCUCACCGCCACACAGUACGUUGCCCCCCUCAUGGCCAACUUUGACCCCGGCUUCUCCACAAACUCCACAGUGAGAUACUCGGACAACGGGAAUCUAUUUGUGGUGCAGUGGGACAAGGUGCGGCUAAAAGAUCGAGAGGCUGAAGGAGCGUUUACUUUCCAGGCUGCCCUCCACAGGAACGGCACCAUUGCUUUCAACUACAGAGAUAUCCCUGUACCGGUGGAGCAAAUUAAUUCCACCGAGCAUCCAGUGAAAGUGGGACUGUCUGAUGCUUUCAUGGCACCCUCCUCAGAGCUCUCAGAAAUGCCACAGGUUAUGUUAUGUUUUGUUGCCAUUGCAUCGUUUGUCCACUAG